AUGGAGAACACCGAGUUUAUUAUUGGACAACUAGGGCUCGUUGGCUGGCAGUCAUGUUCGCUUUCAGGCUUCAUCGCGAUGUCACCCUCUCGAGUUGUGGUUUUUACCCCGACUUCGGCCAGAGUGCCGUGUAUCCAUUGCCGGCAGAGCCAAACUCUCCUUCGCCAUUAUGUCUGGGCGGAACAUGUGUCCUUAUGGCUUCUCUACAACGCCCUCCAGAGACCGGACGAUCUCAUCCUGGCAAAUGUAGGACUUACUGAAAUUCAGCUGAUAGUGCAGUGGCCGGCCUACGAAGCCCAGCGCCUCGUUUCAGUAAACCUCCCCGUAUCGCGCUGGACGCUCGCGACGUGCAUUGCAAAUCAUUACAAGCAGUUCUUCGAGGAUACUACGAAGAAGGAGCUCGCGGGCCCGUUUGCAACGGGGAGGGAGUGA